AUGGGAAAAGAUGAUGUGAAGCUUCUAAGCAUGUGGGCUAGCCCUUUUUGCAUGAGGGUGAAGGUGGCAUUGGCAGAAAAAGAUAUUGCUUAUGAAGAGAUUUUAGAGAAUAAUUUGUUAGGUGGAAAGACCGAAUUGUUGCUAAAAUCAAACCCUGUCCACCAACAAGUUCCUGUCCUCUUGCACGACAACAAGCCCAUCCUCGAGUCCACUAACAUUAUCACUUACAUGGAUGAAGUUUGGCCUUCCAAACCCCUCUUGCCCACUUGUGCAUAUGAGAAAGCCCGGGCCCGAUUUUGGGCCGACUACAUUGAUCGCAAGGUUCACUCGGCGGGUCGGGCCAUUUGGACUGCAAAAGGAGAAGAUGAAGUAGAGGCCGCUAAGGCAGCGUUCCUUGAUAUCUUGAAGUUCUUAGAUGGUACUUUGGCUGAAAAAGACUAUUUCGCUGGGGACAACUUCGGGUUUGUGGACAUACUGCUUGUUGGUCUAACUUCGUGGUUCCCGGCCUACGAGAAAUACGGUAGCUUUAAGGUGGAGGAUCACUACCCUAAAUUGGCGGCAUGGAUCACGCGGGCCCAUGCUAGGGAGAGUGUUUCUGAAGCUUUGGCUAAUACUGAAAAAAUCCUCAACUUUGUAGUAAUGUUGAGACAAAUGUUUGGUGUUGAAUGA